AAGAAGGUUUGGAAAUAGAGUAACUUCCCUUUGAAACAUGGCCGCGCCCAUUCGCAAUGUGGAUCUUGGUUUUGUCGCAGAUGAUUUUGAUCCACGGCUUUUGACAAGUCGUUUCUUUCCAAGUAAAGUAGGUGGUAAACCUGCGUGGCUGUCGCUGUCUGACCUACCGCCAGUGUUGUCCUGCCCGACAUGCGGCGCACCAUGUGUGUUUUUGCUACAGGUUUAUUCACCACGUGAAGAACAAACUAACACGUUUCACAGAACAAUAUUCAUUUUUAUAUGCAGAAGUCCAAGCUGCUGUGCAGAGAACCAUAAUGGUAGUUUUAUUGUAUUGCGGUCCCAGCUUGCUAAGGAAAAUGACUUCUUCAGCCCGAGACCCCCAGACGAAGACCACCCAGAUGUAGAGCCUGAGGGGUCGGGGAAUGAAGGCGUGGCACUGUGUGUCGUGUGUGGGUCAGCUGCACCCAAGAGAUGUGGGAAAUGUCAUAAGGUGUCCUACUGCAGCAAGCACCAUCAAGCUCUUCACUGGAAAGCCACUCAUAAGAAAAAAUGUUGCAAGGAAGAAGAUGAUGAAGUGGAGAUCCCCAACCUGUUGUUUCCACAAGCAGAGUUGGUCAUGGAGGAGGAGAUUCAGCAAAAGGAUGCACAGGCGAGGGAAAAGUCUGAGUCAGAAAAGUUAAAAGAAUAUCAAGACCUCCUGAAGACCAACACAGAGAUUGGUGCAGGCCUUGAUAAAGACGAGUUGGAAAAGUCUGCAGUGUCUGAGACAGAAGAUGAUAAACAGUUUGCCAAAUUCAAGGCCAGAAUUGCAACAAAUCCAGAUCAGGUGUUGCGGUAUGAUCGGAAUGGGACUCCUCUGUGGAUCUCUGCUAGCCACAAGCCCCAGCCUAGUGACAUCCCUCCCUGCUCAUGUGGGGCACCCAGACAGUUCGAGUUCCAGAUCUUACCCCAGUUGUUGGGGUACCUGAAUGUCGACAGUGUUGGGGACAGUAUAGACUGGGGUACACUGUGUAUCUACACCUGUUUCAAGAGCUGUGAUAUCGGCAACAAGUACCAGCCAGAAUUUCUAUGGAAACAGGACAUUACAGGUGGUAAUCCUGGGACUUGACCUGCCAGACUAGACUGUACAGGGUGAUAUGCCAUUGGUUGACACAAGGACUAAUAAACAUACCACUUGAA